GGAAGGAUCCUCCGGUGAAGGGAAGCCCAGCUGUAGACCUUCCAGGGAACAGGGCCUGGGCCAGUGACUCUCACAGAGCCAGGCCUGCUCUGGGAAGAGCACCUGUUGUCCCCCCCAGGCUGCCUGAGCCUCUGAUGAUGGAUGAGAAGGAGGAGGACGAUGAUGAGGAAGCCUGGCUGCAGCUUCGGCCUGUGGAGCCCUUGCCCUCCCAGUGCUGCGGCAGUGGCUGCUCACCCUGUGUGUUCGACCUCUAUGACCGAGACCUGGCGAGGUGGGAGGCAGCCCGAGCCAGCAAGGACAGAAGCCUGCUAAGAGGGAAGGAAGCACCGAACUUCCCCUCCAAACUGAGCCCAGAGACGUUCCUGGCCUUCCGCAUCAGUGCCAUGGACAAACUCACUCAGGACACCUACCGUGUGCGGUUUGCACUACCCGGGAGCAGCCAGCUCGGCCUGCGGCCCGGCCAGCACCUCAUCCUACGAGGGAUAGUAGACGGCUUAGAAAUCCAGAGAGCCUACACACCUAUCAGCCCUGUCAAUGCAGAAGGCUACUUUGAAGUUUUGAUCAAGUGCUACCAGACUGGGCUGAUGUCCCGGUAUGUUGAGUCCUUGAAAGAAGGAGACACGGCUUUCUGGCGAGGACCUUUCGGAAACUUCUUCUAUAAACCAAACCAGUACGGUGAGCUGCUCAUGCUGGCUUCGGGCACCGGCCUGGCCCCCAUGGUGCCCCUCCUGCACAGCAUCACGGACAAUGCGGAGGAUGAGACCUUUGUCACCCUGGUCGGCUGCUUCAGGACCUUUGAGGGCAUCUACCUGAAAACCUUCCUGCAAGAGCAGGCCCGCUUCUGGAACGUCCGCACCUUCUUUGUUCUCAGCCAGGAGAACUCCCCGGAGCAGCUUCCUUGGAGUUACCGGGAGAAGACCCGCUUUGGCCGCCUGGGCCAGGACCUGAUUGAAGAGCUGGUUGGCUCCUGCCGGAGAAAGCCGUUUGCGUUGGUCUGUGGCUCGGCCCAGUUUACCGAGGACAUGGCCAAGGGCCUGCUGCGUGCGGGCCUGGCCGAGGACUCCUACUUCCUCUUCUAGACCUGGCCUCCCUUAAGCCCAGGCCAGGGGCCUGCCAGUGAGACCCAGGGAGGAACACAGACUGGGACCAGAAAACGCGGCAGAAGGCCACAGCUGACUCGCCCUGUGAUGGCGGCGGCUGUCUGUACCUCCACGCACCUGUUUCUCAUCUGCUACCUCCCUCAGCAGGCAUCCUGCAGUGGGGAAGAGGGUGGGGGGGAGGUGUCAGGAGCCUGGGGAGGAGUAACCAGCUGGGAGUCAGGAAGGACUUCCUGGAGUCCUGGUCCAGGCUGAGCCCCAGGAGGAGGAGGGGUUGGUAGGGAAGGGGCCAGAAGAGCUCCCCGGGUUCCUCAGGUUAGAGGGCUUGUGCCGUUAGACCAUGCCCUGUGCUUCCCCUGGGUGGCCUCAGGGCUGGCUCAGUGACUGUCCGUUAAGCACAGGGAAUGACCGCGGGCGGCUGAGAGCUCUUUGGAGGAGGAACUUGCCUUCUGUACCUCCAGUGCCCGGAGCCUGACACAAGGAAGGUCUUGGGUUCUGUGACCUGACCCCAUUCCCCGAGCAAGGUGGGGCUUUGGGUUACCUUUGUUUUGUAUUGGCCCUGGGCCUUUCCUGCUGCGAAGGGCUUCCUCAGUCUCCCUUCCCUAGAGCCCAGCCCAGAGUCCUUUUUCCAGCAAAAGAGCCACAGACACAAAUGCCCCUCCUCCUGCAGGCAGCCAGCUCAGCCCUCCCUUCAGCUCUGGUGCCCUGGCGACGGUUGCUAUGGAGAUCUAAAGAUAGAGCAGGAGUCAGGAGACCUGGGUCCUUCUCCCUGCUCUGCCCACUGAGUGGAUGCUGAUUCUGAUCCACCCACCCCUCCCGUCCACCCCCGCCCCCUCCAUCCUGCCUGGGGCGUGCCCUCCCCGGGGAAGCGGGCGCCCCUGGGCAGCGCACUGCAGUUAAUGAAUUCUGCCUUUUGCAGCCGGGCUCCAGUGCGCUGCACCGGCUCAGGCUGGCUACAGGCCGCCCCAGAACCAGAACGUUAAGUCACGGUACCUCAGGAUGAAAGAACCAUAGAAUCAUCUAGUUAGAACUUUACAGUCAGAAUCCCAGCCCUCCUCACGUCAGAGAUUAAAGUUCAGGACUCCAGAGAGCAUCGAGUCCACCAGGCUCAUUGUGUCGAUGGGGAAACUGAGGACCAAUGAGGCUGAGUGACCAGAGCAAGGAAAACCGUUCACGGCGGGGCCCACACCAGAAGCCAGGUCUCCAAGUGGCAGCCUGUGCUCAGUGGUUUUCAAACUGGGCUCCGGGGGACACAGGGGUUCCUGGUGUGGCAGCAGUGACGGGAUGGCCCCCCUUCAGCCAGAGCAGUCUUAUCUUUAUUCGAUUUAUGUUUUGGGGCUGGGAUUAAUUUUCACUUGUGAAAAAAGGGCUUCCUUGCACCACCCCAAAAGUUGCAACAAAUCUGUGUGCUGUGCCAUGUUCAGUAAAUAACCAUGACAAGCAGUUGGGGAUGUUGCCAAGGGUUUCAAAGGCAUAAUUCCGUGGUCAGAUGUGUGGGGGAUACCGACUGUGAUCUUCACCGAGGAUCCCAUGCGCACGAGGACAGUAAAGGCUCCGAGAGUCCAGUGGUGAAAAA